CGAAGCGCGAGUUAGAUUCUACGGAGCACGGUGUAAUCGCAAGCUAUUGCUUGCAUCGCAGGUUUCGUUGAUUUUCCGUGCGAAAAAGUCUUUACUAGCGUAAUAAUUUGAUAUAACGUAAAUCGAAUAAAAGCUAGAGAAUGGUUUUGGCAGAAAGAAACUCAGAAAAUGUUAGAAAUGGGCGCAGAUCGAGAGGCCCCAGCCCCAAUGGACAGACGGAAUCCUCGAGCGAAGAAGACGGAGUUCCAGCAGAAAAAAUCCGUGUUGGAAGAGAUUAUCAAGUUAUUGUCCCAGAAUUUGUUCCAGUCAAUGAACGACGAUUAGAUCAAUGUCCUGAUCGAGCAUUAUUGGUAUGGUCUCCUACUACUGAUAUACCUGAUCAAAAAUUGGAUGAAUAUAUUAUAUUAGCAAAAGAAAAAUAUGGUUAUAAUGGAGAACAAGCAUUAGGAAUGUUAUUUUGGCACAAACAUAAUUUAGAACGUGCAGUAUUAGAUUUAGCUAAUUUUACACCAUUUCCUGAUGAAUGGACAGUUGAAGAUAAAGUACUGUUUGAACAAGCAUUUCAAUUUCAUGGGAAAAGUUUCCACCGAAUUCGUCAAAUGUUACCUGAUAAAUCUAUUGCCAGUCUUGUUAAAUACUAUUAUAGCUGGAAGAAAACUCGGACUAGAACAUCACUGAUGGACAGACAAGCAAGAAAGCUAACAAGUGGUGGAAAAGAAGGAGAAAAUGGUAGUGAAAAUGGAAGUGAAUUAGGUUCCAAUACAGACAGUGAAUCAGAAGAAAAAAAAUGGACGAUCCACCGCGGAAUACGUCGUGGAAAGAACCAAGCUGUGCCAGGAAGCCAAGGCACUGACGCCAAAGCCCCAUCCGACUCGGAAAACGCCCCUCAGGUUCAGGGCUCGUGUAGCAACUGUGGCGUUGCUUGUCAUAGUGUUCGUGCGACGCCAAAAGGACACGCGUGUCACAGCUGCUAUCUGCACUGGAGGCGAACUGGCGUAGCAAGACCGUUAAGUUCCAUGCCAGGUCGAACAAAUAAAAGAAAACCACCUCGCGGUCUCGUUGUUAAUCACGAUGAUUUAGCAGCAUUGGCUGGUCAACCCAAUCAAGCAAACAACAGCUUACAAGCGAUUGACACCGAAAUUGUUAGUCUAAAACGCCAAAUACAAUCAAACAAGCAGCAAGUAAGCGCAUUGAAACGUAAAACAACCGAUGGUAUUGAUGAUUUACGACCACCAGAAGUAUCAAGUCGAAUAAAUGCUCGUUGGACAAAUGAUGAAUUGCUCUUAGCUGUUCAGGGUGUUCGAAAGUAUGGAAAAGAUUUUUCUGCGAUUGCUGAUGUAAUUGGAACAAAGACGGAAGCUCAUUUACGAUCGUUCUUUGUAAAUUAUCGGCGAAGGUAUAACUUAGACGCGGUUUUAAAAGAAUACGAAGCCGAAAAUGGUCCAAUAUUAAUUGACGAUGAAAAAGAAGAAAAGAUGGAUGUGGAUCAGCCUAAUGAAACAGCAGAAUCAUCUCAAAAGACGAAAUCAUCUGUAGGCCUUGGACAAACGGCUAAAUAACAAAUGACUAUACUUUUAAAUACCACCAAACGUGAAAAAAGUAAUCACAGGCACUUUGAUAAUCGAUAAUAUCGUGUAUAAGGUAUUUGUUUAUAAUUCAGUCUGCAAUUUUUACACUUAAUUAUAUCGCGUUGUUUUACGCUAAUGCGAUCCUGCAUUAGGAACACCAAGUACAAGCAACAAUUUUCAUUGAACUUGUGUGCGAAUCAGUAAUCCAUAUAAUGCAUGUAUGGAUGAAUUAAUA